GGAGGGAGGAAGAAAAAAGGAGAGAGAGAGAGAGAGAGAUAGAGAGGAGGGCAUCUAAUCGGAUUAUGGAGGCAGAGUUUUGUAGCGCACGCGUCUAUUUCUCCUCUUAUCUUCUGCUGGAAUAUCCCGCGUUUCCACUCUCAAGGCUGCUUUCUGGGAACAUCACAAUAUCUGAAAAGUUUUUCCAGUGAAGAAAUGGCGAUAUUUUGAAGACUGUUUAACAUAACAUGGAACUGCAAUUAUUUAUUAUUAGGAAUUUUCGGUUUCAACAUGAGUUUAUGAUCGACGCCGGGUGUUGCUGAGGAACACUACAUUGACAUUUCGCGUUACAGAGACAUUAAGUUAUUGAGCUGAAAUGAGCUGAUAAAACUACGGUAAGGUAUCAUUAUAUGGACAAUAACUGCAUUUAUAAUCUAUAUGAGUGGGGCAAAAUGACGACGCAGAUAUUUAAAAGAAGAUUUGAACCUCAGUUUGGAGAUUAAACGUUUUUUUUUUUUUUUUUUUUAUAGCAUUUUUGCUCAUUUGGUAUCUAUGACUUUAACGUACCUAAAUGCAGCCGAAGGAGACCAGGAGGUGUUUGAUCCGCAUGACUUGAGGAUUUUAUCCUAUAGGGGUUAAAUGGUUCUGAUAACGGACAGCAGGGAUGGCGGAGGAUCAUCUCCAGGAAAAGUUAAACCACUUAAACAUGCUAAAAGCGCCCAGAACUGUCCCACUAUCGUGGAGGAAUCACCUGAUCGCUCGGGCGAUGACGAUUAUGAUGAAUAUCUCGGCACGUGCGAGGUGGAUGGGAACGAUGAGGAUAUCGAUGACUUGGAUGACUUCUCAGAACUGCCGGAUACCAGGAGUAUCGUCUCAGACGACUCCUUUUAUCCACCGGACGAUGACUUUGCUGACUCCGAGAGAACACCUUCCCCGGAGAGUCCAGCACCGCUGUCCUUUUUUCAAGCGUGUUGCAAAAACAACGCGCUCAUAGUGAAACUCAUGAUUAGACAAGGUGUUACGGAGGAGGACGUUCAGGAAACGGACAAAAACAAAAGAACUGGACUAAUAGUGGCAUGCUACCAAGGGUACGUGGAUGUUGUGAUUGCUCUUUCCCAGUGUCCUCACCUGGAUGUGAACUGGCAGGACAACGAGGGCAAUACAGCCCUCACCACAGCUGCCCAGGCGGGUCACAUCACAAUCACUAACUACCUACUCAACUACUUUCCCGGGCUUGACAUCGAGAAGAGGAACUGCCACGGUUUCACCGCUCUGAUGAAAGCUGCUAUGCAGGGUCGAGUGGAAUGUGUCAGAGCCCUGAUGCUGGCAGGGGCUGAUCUGAAUGCCAGGGACAAUGGGAGGAAGUUCACUGCGCGAGAGUGGGCCAUCUUCACAAGCCGCUACGAGACUGCCUUUGCCAUGACGCGGCUGAUGCAGCAGCCGUGUGCGGAUCAGUUCUGUGACACCUAUCGGCUUGAGUGGCCCCUUCUGCCCGCGCUGGUGGCCAAAGCCCAGACGCCCAAAGGCUGCAUUCAGAAGAUUUCAGAGACACUACGUGACUUCUUUGACAUCAGUAACGUCACAGAGGCUUCAGAGGACGGGGUUCUAGAUCACAUGGUGCGCAUGACAACAGCACUGGGGAGUCCGUUCAUCGCAACAGCAUGUCGAACGGUGUGUCCCGACAGCCCGCCCUGCGUGGGAAAACGGCGUUACUCCGUUCAGGAGAUACUAAAGAAACAACGCAUCGCGCAACUGAAAGGUCUGGGACCCGAGCGCCUUGAGAACUAUAAACGUCUUUUCCAGAACUCCCGCGUCCUGCUGGUGCCCAAACCGAAAGAUCGCCGUGCGAGUCUGCAGCCCCAGGCCCAAUCAGAUGUGUCUUCCUCCUCUGUGGCCAUCCGCAGGACCAGUCUGCUCCCCUUACACCUGAUGAGGAGGAGCAGCGUUAGACCAGGUAUGGUGGUGCCCAAGCUCAGGAUUACCAAGGCACCUACACCAACCUACGUGCCGGAGAAAGUGCGUCGGAAAAGCAGCUGUAAAGAGGAACAGUUCCUUCAGAUCCCCAAAUGGAGAUAUAAAGAACUUAAAGAGGAGCGAAAGAAAGCAGAGGAGGCGGAAAGGAAAAGACUGGAGGCCAUAACAAAGAGACAGCUCUCUACAGGCAGAAGGAAAUAAGUGUGUGCAAACAUACUACUCAACAUUUGAUACUUGAAAUGUAAUUUUGAUAUCGGAUAGAAACGUAUUUUACUAUUUAUUGUUUUUUUGUUUUGUUUAAAAGACAUUUUUGUAAUGUUAAAUGCUUCUAAACUCAUUUUUACCCUCUUUAAAAUGGGGGUAAAGUGAUUGAUUUAAAGUGAAUAGCUCCUUUAAUCUCUCUGCAGGUUUGUGAGCAACAGGAAACUAGCCAAUCAGAUCAGCUAAUAUGGGUACACUACUAAAACAAGAUGCUAUUGUAUGUUUACAUCCUUAAAAUAGGACUAUUUGACUUUUAGAGUUUUCCAAAUGCUAGCUAGCAUGGUCUCAGAUUUAACAGUAUUUAAUCAACAUGAAUGUAUUUAACGAACAUACAUUUUCAAUACCUCAUUUUUAAACAUUGUAGGUAUUUUGGCAGUAGCCAUACCUGUAUUUGCACACAUUUAAGAAACAAAUGCUACAGACAAUCACCAGCAAGUAAUGAAAGACAGAGUACUAUAGUAUCAUGGAUCAGCAUCUUCUUUGAUAUUUUCUAUAGAUGUAUUUUACUACUAACUAUUAUGUUCUGAAACUAUAACUGUUCAACAAAAAACAUGCAAUGUCUUUUACAAAAUUGCUACUAUAUGGGGAGAGUGAGGUAAGAUGUGCCGCCCCCAUAAACUCGCACACUAAAUGAAUGGCCUUUGCAUAUUUAGCAAGGACCAAACUUACACUGCUGCCUGUGAUGAAGAGAUACACUUAAAAAAGGCUAAGCAUUUUUUUGCAUGUCAUAGUAAAUAGUUCUAUAUGGCAGGUAAAAUGAAUGGCAAAGCAAAUUUAUUCAGGUUUAAAAGUAUAUAUCGUACAAACUACUGUUCAAAAAUUUGACAUCACUGAGAUUUCUUUUUGAAAGAAACAGUUUACACAAAAAUAUUGGACAACUGUUUUCAACAUUAAUAAUAAUAGGAAAUGUGACACUGAAGACUGGAGUAAUGGUGCUGAAAAUUCAUCUUUGCAUCACAGGAAUAAAUUACAUUUUAAAAUAUAUCAGAAAAUGGUUAUUUUAAAUUAUAAUUAUAUUUCACAAUAUUGCUGUUUUACUGUAUUUUUGAUCAAAUAAAUGCAGCCUUGGUGAGCAUAAGAUACUUUUCUUUAAAAAACUUUACCAAUCCUAAACUUUUUUAACUUUAGUGUAUCUUAGUAGUUUAAAAAUCACUUGAAUUAUUUAGCUAAGAUUAGCCAUGAAUUAUUAAAUGAAACAAUUUUCGGUUACACUUUAUUAUUUAUAUUGUCCGUGUUACAGUGUAAUUAUACAUUUAAGUACUGAGUAAUAAUAAUUAACUACAUGAACUUAUUAUAGGGUUAGAAUUAGGGUGUGGUUCAGGUUGAUUGCAUGUAAUUAAGCACAAUUUACAGUAAUUACUAUAGUAACUACAUGUAACGUGUAACAAAGACACUGUAAAAUAAAGUGUUACCCAUUUUUCCUAAAAAUAUAGCUUUGGGGUAAGCUGUGCCAGAGUUUCAACUAAUAGUGAUACCGUUACUAUAAUUUCAAAAACUGAAAAUAUUCAGAACAUUUAAUAUAAUCCCAGCUAUCCUGGUUUAUGAAAAUGUUUGCAAUGUGAUUGUACAUUACCAGAUAUUUCCCCCUUAUUUAUGUUAUUUAAUUUAAAAUGCAAAUUAUUUCACAAUUUGAUCUUGACAUGUCACAACUUACCCCUAACAUGGGCGAAAUUGUUUAAAAUUUUAAGGAAAAAGUGGCACAGCUUACCCCGCUCCCUCUUAUGGUUUCUAAAGAGCUAGUAACAGUAAAACCAAAUUCAAACAUAUUACAACAAAUCUCAGGUAUGAGCAGUUCUGUAUGCAGAAUAAUACAAUUUUUGAUUAAAGUAUGUGGAGUGAUAUCUGUUAGAAAUGUCUUCUCACUGUCUCAACAGCACCGCUGUGCCUCAGACUACACAAAAUACAUAGACACACUUCAGACAUUUUAUAUGGAAGUCAAGACCAGUACUGACCUAAUGUCAGGUCACCCUGUUAUCAUAAAACUAUACUGUGUUUACACUACUUUAGGUUGUACUGAAAUAACAAACCAAAAGUGAUGACCAGCAAUACUAUAAUAAGUUGUAACUUUGGAAUAAAAAACUGCUUUAUAAUACUAAAGUGUGACUCCAUUUGUUGAACUCUGAGCAGGAGUAAAGGUGAAGUACAGACCUUAUUAAGCUAUUGAGGUCACUGGUAUGAGCUGACAGACGCUGAGGGACUUAUCAGUCUGCAAGGUCAGCACUUGCUUUAGGACAACAUGAAGAACAAUGAAGCGCCCUCUGCUGGAGAACCGAAGCACUGACGUCUGAUCUGCAGCAGGGCUGAUAGCCUAUCAAAGACAAAUACACUGAGAGGACCUGAAUGUCAGAUAGACCCCAGGGUUUGGGUCACUCUUAACUGGCUUCAAAGCCACUGCUCAAUUUCCAGAUUGCACACUGUGGAAAAGUACAACCUUGACCUGAAACGUGACAUUUCGUAAGGGUUUAGCUGCCACUCAAGCUUUUGAGGUUCACCUUGAGGUUUGGCCAGCUGGUACCGCAGAAGUCUUGCUGUUUCAGGCCCAGAACAUGCCGUGGGAACAACCCGAAGCCUGCAGCAGCUGCUGGCUCUUAUCGACACCUGAGCGGAACACAAAGUGAACGGAUAGGGAUAGCAAGAGAGCUUGAGAAGACGAGAUUAUGAAAGAGAGGAAGAGAACGAGGCAAAUCCUGAGUGGCAUUGGGUUUGGCGGCUCAGAGCUGCAUAGGCUGGAGGAGUUGGGGAGGAGAACAGGAAGCUGACGGCUUUGCCACCCUCUACUAGUCCAUAGACCAUGAAAACUAGGCCAGGGGAUUACACAUGAACUUUUCCUGCGGAGUUUAUUGGUAUACUGCCCUCAUUAAUAUUAUUUAAUAGGACAAAACAGACAUGGCAAUUGUUUUAAUUUUUUAUUACAGUGCUUGCAAUGUGAGUAUUGAAAUCCCUCUACUUUUUACCCUCCACAAAUUCAAUUAAUUCAGCUCAAAUCGCUGUCAUAAACAAACAGCUAACAUGGCAUAAAUAACAUUGUUCAGUCUAUUCUUUCUUGUGGAAAUGCAAUUCUAGCAUAUAGUUUAAGCAAAGAGCAUAUGGAAAUCCUGGAAUUUCUAUAUGUAUGGAAUUUCUGCUAUAUAUAUAUAUAUAUAUAUAUAUAUAGACAAUGCAAAAUAGAAAAAUGUGUUUUUAUGAUAUAUAUGUGUGUGUGUGUGUCUGUGCGUAUAUAUAUAUAUAUAUAUAUAUAUAUAUAUAUAUAUAUAUAUGACAUAUACAUAUACAUACAUACACACACACACAUAUAUAUAUAUAUAUAUGACAUAUACAUAUACAUACAUACACACACACACACACACUAACUGGAAUCAAUGAAGUCACUAUAAUAUUUACAUAGUGUAUUGCAAUUGGUCUUUUCUCUCUUAUUUCACUAUCACUAUUCAUGUGCUAUCUUGCAAUCACUGACUAUUUUCUUAAGGAAAUGCAAUUCUAGCAUAUGAAUGUUUUUUUUUUUUUUAAGCAAAAAAUAUUAAAACACUUCAUUUUAUUCUCCAUACCUUUUAGCAAUUAAUUCAAA